AUGCUUCUCUUUGCAACAUUGACUCUUGUCAAUUUUAAAACUUUGGGAACUUUCCGUUCUUUCGAGAUUGUGCGCAUUAAUCAUUCAACAAUGACUAAAAAGGCCCUAGUUGUUGUUGACUUACAAGAGGAUUUCCUACCACCAAGUGGAUCACUAGCAAUAGCCAAUGGAAGGUCGGUUGUUGAGCCCAUCAUAAAGCUAAUCAGUGAUCCGUAUGUGAAGCAAUGGUCAUUGGUAAUUGCAACGCAAGAUUGGCAUCCAUCAAACCAUACAUCGUUUGCUUCCCAACAUGGCGUAGAGCCGUUUACCGAGUUGGAUUUUGAACAUCCCGAAUCGGGAAGAGUCAAGAAACAAUUUGUGUGGCCCAUUCACUGUGUUCAGGGUAGUACAGGUGCCGAGUUGGAGCUGAAGUUUUCGAAAGCUUUUGGAGAAAUUGAUGGCGUUCCUACAGCAAACGUGAAAAAAGGAUACUUGCAAGAUCGGGAAUACUACUCAUGCUUCCAGGAUACGUGGGGGUUGCAUCAUACAGAAAUGAAGCAGGUUCUACUCGACAAUGCCAUUGAUGAAGUUGUGUUUGUGGGACUUGCCUUUGACUACUGUGUAUUAAAUUCAGCCAUUGACUCUGCAAAACUGUUCAAAACAUAUGUGGUAAAGAGCUUGAGUAAAAGUGUAUCGCCAGAGAAUGAUUCAAAAACGGAACAGCUUUACAAAGAUGCUGGCGUGAUUGUUGUUGACGAUAUACUGGAUAUCAUUCAAAGCUAA